CAAACGAGAAACCAGCGAAGAAACGCGAAAACAAAUUUAGUUUGGGGAUGCAAUAAAAGGAGAAGCCUUUGCAUCUAUCCAAACAUGACAACACCGAGAAUAAUGGUCUUUCGACCAACGUGGGAAGAGUUCCAAGACUUCUCCGCGUACGUGGACUACAUGGAAUCGAAGGGAGCACACAAGGCUGGGCUGGUAAAGGUUGUUCCACCGCCGGAGUGGAUUCCGCGCAAGCAGGGCUACGACAUCAAAGACAUAAACAUAAACAUUCGCACUCCCAUCGAGCAGGAGGUAUCCGGGAGGCAGGGUAUUUACCAGCAGAUUAACAUCCAGAAACGUGCAAUGACGGUGCAGGAGUUUUACGAGAAAGCCAAACAGGAACGGCAUGCCACACCGAAGCAUUUCGACUAUGCGGAUAUAGAGAAGAAAUUUUGGAAAAACAUUACGUAUGUGGCACCGAUCUACGGCGCGGACGUACCGGGCAGCAUCACCGAUCCGGAUGUCAAAGUGUGGAACAUCAACUGCCUGGGAACCAUCCUGGACUACGUGAAUGCCGAUUAUAAUAUUUCGAUCGCCGGUGUGAACACCGCCUACCUGUACUUCGGCAUGUGGAAGACCACGUUCGCUUGGCACACGGAAGAUAUGGAUCUGUAUUCGAUAAACUAUUUGCACUUUGGGGCACCGAAAACGUGGUACGCGAUUCCUCCCGAGCACGGGCGGAAACUGGAGAAGUUGGCUGAACGCUUCUUUCCGGCAAACUACCAGGAGUGUAAGGCGUUCCUGCGCCACAAGAUGACGCUCAUCAGCACGCAGGUACUGAAAGCGAAUGGCAUCCCGUUCAACAAGAUUACUCAGGAGCCGGGAGAGAUUAUGAUAACCUUCCCGUACGGUUACCAUGCCGGGUUUAACCAUGGAUUCAACUGUGCGGAAUCGACCAACUUUGCCACGGAACGAUGGAUCGAGUACGGCAAGCGUGCGUCGGUGUGCAACUGCCGGCCGGACAUGGUGAAAAUUUCGAUGGAAACGUUCGUCCGUCGCUUCCAACCGGAGCGGUACGAGCGUUGGCUAAGAGGUGAAGAUUUCGGCUACCAUCCGGAGGACCCCACCAACUACUAUGCGGCACCGAAGCCAAUGCUUCCCAAAAAUUUUAAAAGCAGAUGUCCCGAUGCGCCAGUGCCGCAGAAACGUGGCUGUGCUCCGCUAAAGAUGGAGAAGAAGAAGACAGUGAAAAAGACGAGCGAAAAGGCGAAAGAUAGACUGAAAUCCGUCUGGAGCAAGCUGGAGGGUCGAGAGUGCGGUGUCGCAACCGAUCUGCUCAUCGAUGGACCGGUCAAGAGCAGCAACAACCUUCGCUUCCAUACGCAAACCAUUAACUUGAUCAACAACAACACUGUCUAGUGUUGAACCGUAGCUACGGAUGGUGUUUCGUAGGCUUCAGUUUUGGCAUACAUGUUUGUCGUAUGGAAUCGUAACAAACCGAGCGGCCGGAUUUUCUUUCAGUGUUGACGGACGUUAUAAAUUGUAAUAUUAAUUUCGUAUCGGUAAAAUAUCUUAGUACUAGAAGGCAAGUAGAAUCACCCGGAGAGUGUACGCAAUAGACGUACUGUUCCCAAUUAGCAUGGAACCAAACAGUGUGGUCGGUAGUUAGGUAAUUAUUAUGUUUCAAGUAUUUUUUGUGUUUUGCAUCGCUCAACUCCUAUAACGAAAAAGAAAAACAGAUCUCACAACGGAUUAUGACCCCCCUAGCCAGAUCUGUUGUUCGAUGAACCAUAAUGAAUCAUGAAUUUUUUUUUUUUCUAUUUGUUUGAUGUGCAUUUUUUAAACAAAAUUUUGUGUAAGAAAACAUUUGCCCUCACCUUUCAUGUGUAGUGUUUAGUUUCGGAAGAGCUUCGGAGGAGAGUAAUGCAACCGUAAACGGAACGAGAAUAGCGUUCCACCAAAGUGCGAUACUUGACGGAAGAAGAGUUCUAGUGCGAUGAUAGAAAAGGCCCCUCCUGCCUUGGGAUAAGUAUUUGCAUUAGGGACGGCGGUAGAAUGGGGACGAAAGACUAGAAAUCCGCCUGCAAUAAAUAUAAUCAUUCGUUCAUCUGCAACAAAACCUUGGUGUAGUUUUGAUCCUUUGCUGUUGGACAUUUUAACACAAGAAAUCGAUGAACACUUCCGGCGGAUGCACGAACGACAGCUUUCGAAAACAAGCGAUAUUAUUUAUGGCGAUAAUGAUUACAACUACCAUACAUAUAUAUACACAUAUACAGCAUCUUAUAUAGGUUUUUUUUUCAAUGAGCUUGAAACAUUACAUGCCGUUGGAUUAAUAAAUAGAUUGAUGUUUGAUUUUGUUAGUUGUAUAUACCGUCUUUUCCAACAUCUUUUAUCUCUGCUUUCAAACAUAGUUUUCUCAUCGAACUCAAGUUACACUUCGCAAUUGGUUUGCUUUGCCAUAGAUUUACUUGAAAUAUUUUUUUGUGUUUUUAUCAUCUUGAAAUAAAACCAACAUCGACACACUUAAGUUGUUUUGUUCUCGUUCCCUUCCAACAUUUACCAUAUCUUUCCCGAGCGGCUAUCAGACGGUUUCGGAUCAUUCUGGUUAAAUUUCAACGUCCGUUUGAUUCUUAUUUUGUGUUUGAUUUCAAAGUCUUUCUUCAGUUUCUUGGUUUUUCAUCGCACAGGGUUUUUGUCUUAGCGCUAACAUAAUCACUACCUAACUGCAAUUUGCACAUGUUUUCUAGGCGAAUGGGGAUGUGAAUGAGGGUAACUAAAGCUAAUAAUACGAAUAGUAUGUUUCCUUUUGGCUCGUGCAGAUAAUUUAAUUUGUUG